GUCAAACAUCAGUCACUUGAUGAAAAUGAAAAGUAAUCGGUGUAUAAAUUCGGACGAGUAGAACGGGUCAUAUUAAUUUCCAAUUGUUGCAGAAAAUAUAAUAAAUUUUUAUCACUAAGUGUUUACUACAAUAUACGCAGUGUAUGUAUUCAUCAAAGGAGAUAAAAAGGUCAACAAUUAUCUGUUUGCAUAGUGUAGUGUUGAAGUGGUAAGGAGCAGUGCCAGUUGAUGGUGUAUGUGGGACGGUUUUGGAAGAUUGUGUGUGCUUUACAAGAAAGUACGAAAGUAUGCAAAAAGCCUGGUGGCCAGCCAGGUAAUAAACACAGGUGGACUGUUCAUUUAGUAGUGCGAGGCUUACUAAUUGACUAUUAGCUAAUCAGAAACUACAUUUCAUACCAAUUGGAAUUUGUCUUGCUGGCCAUGUAAAUAAAUGCACUUAUGUUAGAGUAUAAGUAAAACAGGUAUUUUGCAGCUUAAGUAAAGAAUUCUUUCAACUUCCGGCGCGGAAUCAGUAACAUACAACAAUUUAAGAAUCGGCGAAAAAUGGGAAAAUUCAUUGAAAUUUGUGGUUUGCUCUUUUUAUUAUUGUGAUUGUGUUUGCGUGUUCUUUUAAACUGCUGGUCGCGGUGGCGAAAUAUUAAGCGCAACGGCAGUAAUUUCCUUUUGAUGUUGGUUGAGAGAAAACAAAUUUCACGUUGCUGCAGUUCAUUCAAGCGCUUUUAUUUGCCUUGGCAUUUAUAUUGGAUACCCAAAAACUUGAAUUUAAAACAAUAAUGGAUGAUCAGAUGUUUGAACUCAUUUACUAAAUGGGAAAUUUCAACGGUUUUUACUAGAGUUGAUCAACGUAUGGUUUUCAAGGCCUUCCAACGUUGCCAGCCGAUCUACACCAAACCAAUUCCGCUUCCCCUAUACCGAUUGAAAAGAUGUUGGUCAUUUGCAUUUGAAUAUUUCAUAGCGUCAGUACAACGGUUUCACGCUUGAUCGGUUGAAAGAAAAACAGCAAAAGAGGAAUAAAGUGUGCUGCAAAAAUUGAAGCUUAUGGAAAGAAGCAGUAGAACUGCGAGCGUAAUUAAGCCAGCGAAUACAUAAAUUAAACUAAAGCAUAAAUAAAACGUUCGACCAUGAUUAUUGCCUAUUGACCGAAAGACCUACUGAUGAGAUCAACUGAACACCAAAACAAAUCACAGCUGAUCGGCAAAGCAGUGGUUACCAGAGUAGAAUGCGGUAUGCAGGCAUGACUCAUUCGCUGAUCAGAUGAAGUGCAGAUAACUACGAAUGUGUAAAUGAUGGAAAAAAUUGAAGAGCAGAAAAGCUAAAAAAAUAAUAAAUAAAAGAAAAAAUAAAGAAAUAAAUGAAAUCAAUGAAUGCAUUAAUAUGCAAAUUAACUAAAACACAACACCAACUAUAACAUUUUAACAUUUUUGUUAAAACGUUAAACAAUGUCUAAGUAAAACCCCAUACAAAACAAAUAAACAAAAAUAUUCACGUCAACAACCACGGUUCACCAAUUGUUUCACCACACUGUGAGCGCCAACAAACUUCCACGCGAACGAAAAUGCUGAUAGUUUUUUAUGUAUGUAAACCGUCAAAAGCAAAAGCAACCAAAAUCACACAGCAAACGCAAAAGUAAUAAAUUUUCAUUCGUAGCAACGUGUACAUCACUAAUAAAAAAAGUCAAAUAAAAUCACUUUCAAAGUUCAAACGUCUCGUUAGCUCCGUUACAAAUUAGGACUCACAGUGUUACUAUGAGCGCGUAAAAUACUCAAAACCAAAAAAAGAAAAUAGAUAAAUUAAAUAUCCGAAAAUAAUAAUUACUUUAGCAACAACACCACGUUUUCAUAUAUACCCACUUAUCACGAAGCGGAAGAAUUUCGACAUAUCUAUAGCGGACUGAUAGUAAAUAUCAGCAACCUUGCGCUUCUACAUAUUUAACAAAUUAAGUGUCUCACAGUCGACAAUCGCUCGCUCAUCAAGCGGUCACAUACACAUCAACACGCCACGCCACCGCAAAGCAUGUUACAACUGCCAACGCAAUUCAGAUACACUUUUACCUUUUCAUCGUCAAGUUGAAUGCCAACGCGUGACGUUAAUAAGAAUAUAAAAAAAUUUGUUGAUAGUAUAUUUGCUUUAAUUUGUUGCUAAAUUAAUUGUGUACACGAUUUUUUCUCCAUACCUUUUUAGCUUUACAUAUGGUGCUUUUAAAGUUUAAUUAAUUUUCUAAAACGUUCUUUCAAAAACUUCGUUGUAAAGUCUAAAUGCAAAUCAAAGGAAAAUAGCAAUACAGUAAUUUACAGUACACACUUGCCACACAUACAAUACCACAUCACACCACACCAUACGACGUACACAAUCAUACUAUAUUUCCUGCAAUAUGUCCGCAAUGAAUUUCACGCGUAAACUGCGCGGUCGCAUGCGUUCCAAUACCUGCCGCAUUGUGUUGCUUACCUCACUGGUGUGGGUGAUUGUGGAUUUUGUACUGAUCGCGCACUAUUCGGAUUGCAUUGGGCGCGAUGGUUGGCGGUGUAAGCGGCCGGGGGAAUACGAUGUGGAGUUGCCCGAUGCACAAAAGCUCGUCGAUGAGCAAAAUAUGGUCGAUGACAGUGAAAUUAACACAGAAAAGAAAAUGGAUGGGGAUGCUGGCAGCGCGGGCAAGGGGCCGGGCGGCUUUGCGGGUGGCGGUAUUUCUAUGACAUAUCGCACCACGAUAUUGAAAAAAUGGCACUCCGCACCGCCUGUAAGGGAGGAAAAGGGCAAGCAGGGCGAAAUGGGUAAACCAGUAAAAAUACCACCGGAAAUGAAGGACCUGAUGAAGGAGAAGUUCAAAGAGAAUCAAUUCAAUUUACUAGCCAGUGACAUGAUCUCAUUGAAUCGUUCGCUGACUGAUGUGCGACAUGAGAAUUGCAAGAAGAAACAUUAUCCAUCGAAAUUGCCAACAACCUCAAUUGUGAUAGUUUUCCACAAUGAAGCGUGGUCAACGCUGCUCCGCACCGUGUGGAGUGUCAUCAAUCGCUCGCCACGUACGCUACUCAAAGAGAUUAUCCUUGUGGAUGAUGCCAGUGAGCGUGAUUAUUUAGGUAAGAAAUUGGAGGAGUAUGUGGCGAAUUUACCGGUGCAUACGUUUGUGCUGCGAACAGAAAAGCGCUCUGGCUUGAUACGCGCUCGCCUGCUUGGCGCCGAGCACGUGACGGGUGAAGUCAUCACUUUCCUGGAUGCUCAUUGUGAAUGCGCAGAGGGUUGGCUGGAGCCGCUGUUAGCGCGAAUUGUGCAAAAUCGUCGCACUGUAGUGUGUCCCAUCAUUGAUGUGAUCUCCGAUGAAACCUUUGAGUAUAUAACCGCUUCUGACUCGACGUGGGGCGGUUUCAAUUGGAAGUUGAACUUUAGAUGGUAUCGUGUUCCUCAACGUGAAAUGGAGCGUCGAAAUAAUGACCGUACAGCGCCGCUCCGCACGCCCACCAUGGCCGGUGGCCUAUUUUCAAUCGAUAAAGAUUAUUUCUACGAAAUCGGCUCGUACGAUGAGGGUAUGGAUAUAUGGGGUGGUGAAAAUUUAGAAAUGUCCUUCCGGGUUUGGAUGUGUGGCGGCGUGCUCGAGAUUGCGCCCUGUUCGCGUGUGGGUCAUGUCUUUCGUAAAUCUACGCCGUACACCUUCCCCGGCGGCACAACGGAAAUUGUCAAUCAUAAUAAUGCGCGUCUGGUUGAAGUGUGGCUGGACGAUUGGAAAGAGUUUUACUACAGCUUCUAUCCAGGGGCACGCAAAGCUAUCGCUGGUGAUGUGAGUGAUCGUCGCGCGCUACGUGAACGACUUAAGUGUAAAAGCUUCCGUUGGUAUUUGGAAAAUAUUUAUCCGGAGAGUUUGAUGCCAUUGGACUAUUACUACCUGGGCGAGAUUCGUAACGGCGAAACGGAGACGUGUCUCGACACGAUGGGCCGCAAGUAUGGUGAAAAGAUAGGCGUUAGCUACUGCCAUGGGCUGGGUGGCAAUCAGGUAUUUGCCUAUACGAAACGACAGCAGAUCAUGUCGGAUGAUCUAUGCUUGGAUGCAGCGAAUCCGAUGGGUCCGGUGAAUAUGGUACGUUGCCAUAAUAUGGGUGGCAAUCAGGAAUGGGUUUAUGAUUCUGAGGAUAAAACGAUACGACACUCCAACACUGGCAAUUGCCUGCAACGUCCGUCACGUAGUGACCCGGUGACGCCGCUGUUACGCCCUUGCGAUUAUUCAAAGGGUCAACAAUGGUUGAUGGAAUCUAAGUUUAAGUGGCAGGCGCAUUAGUUGUUGUUGUUUCUAAUCAUGAUAUUUACAAUUAGCUAGAUAGUUGUCAUAUAUAAAUAUAAAAUUUUUUACAUGUUAGUUAACUUUUUAUUGUUUCACACUAAUAUUUACUGAUUACUGUAACUAUAUUACACACACAUACAUAUAUAUACUAUACAUAUGUAUAUGGUUUUUUUUUACUAUUCAAAUAUGUUCUUGUAAGUUUUAAGUAAUCUGACUAUUGUAAAUUUCGUUUUUAAAUUUGUCGCAAACGUAAUGGCAAAGGCAAAAAAGAUAUCCAUUAAAAUAGCAAGUGGAACUCAUGCAUAUACGUACAUACAUAUAUAUAGUUUAAAUAUGAGACGUUGAGCAGAAAAAUGCUUAAAUAUAUCAUUACGAUAAAGUAAAUCUCUAGCAAAGUGUGUGCAACAACAAAGUAAUUCAUUAUCUUUGUAAAGUCUUCCCUAUGAUAAAAGAAAGAGAAAAGAAAUAGGUGUGCAUGCGGAAUAUGCAUAAAAAUAAAUCAUACCGGACAUACAUAUAUAUAGUACAUACGCGUGCAUACACACUGGCAUACAGAAUAAAGUCUUUAUAGUUUGGCAAUUAGAGUAAAUGUGCAUGGAAGUAAGAGUUUUUGUUUUGUAAAUAAUAUAUCCUGCAAGAUUAUGAAUGAAUUUUUGAAAAAAAAAAAACAAAUAUAAAAUAAUUAAAACGUCCAUUCCAAAGCAAAAAUAUAAAAAUAACACUUUUGGUGGUAAUUUUGACAGUUUUUUAAUUAUAAAAAUAUAAAACAAAAAAAUAUAAAAAUUUUAUAUAAGUAAUAUGAUAAAACAGUUUGAUAAAAAUCAUAAUAAUUAUGUUUACUUGCAAUGAUGAUAAAUUUAAAAAUUACAUCUUAUUAUGUAGCUUAAGCUUAUACCAGCCCUUAAAUGAAUAGUCAAAGUGCUAACAAAAAAAUUAAAUUGAAAAAUUUCAGAAGGUUCGUACCAACUCAUUGGCAUUUAAUAGUACACGUAAAAGUUGCUUAAAAAAUAAUAAUAAUGAAAAUUGUAAAAAAAUAUUUAAACCAAAAACGUGUCAUAAAAUAUGUAUUGUAUGUAUAAAUAUUUCACUUUCUUUCUUCACUUUGAAUUGGUGCACUUUGACCCGCUUUUUUUGUUGCAGUGUUCAAUUGUUUAAGUUAUAAUUUGAUGGAUUUUAUUCUUUAUUAUGUUGAUAUGCGAAUUUUCUCCCAGUACGAAAAAAGUGGCAUGCAACAAUUCAAUAGUUAUGCAACACAAAUGAAAGUUGGCUGGCAAAGUAUUUACAAACAAAAAACUAAACUUAAGCUGACGUAUAAAAGUGAGAAUUAAAUUUAAAAAACUAGUUUAGUGGCAACUUUUUGACCAUUAUCUCAUAUAAGUUGUCAACGAUUGUGGAUCUAAGUUUAAAAAAUAGUAAAAUAUAAAAUUAUUCCGCCCACUAACUUACGUUUAAUGACUACUGAAAUUUACUAGUCACUAACGAAACUUUUAAGGUGCAGAAUCACAGACCGGCUAAACAAAUUUCCACAAACAAGCAAAGAUAUGGGUCAAAGUUGCUACAUCUAUGCAAAUAAAUAUCAGACUCCACGUCGAUUAAUAAAAACAAAUCACAAGUGCCGAUACAUCUUCAUGAUGCUUUGCAGGACUCUCAUAUUCAGCACACCAAUAUUACAUCUUUCAAAAAAGGCAAGACCAAUCAGAUAACAGUGCCACGCACCUACAUUGCCAACAUUCGAAAUUUAGAAUAAUUUGGCCAAUUAUGUAUACCAUAUUUACAAAUGCGCUCUAGUUGAAAGGGAAAAAUGUAGCAAAAUACAACAUUUCCAUAGCUUAUUUGUGUACCGUCAAAUAUAGGAGGCACUUUUCAUUUGCGUUAAAUAAAAAUUUGAUUUCCAUACAUUAAAGGUUGUAAGCAUUUGCGGAUAAAAAUAUUUUUUCCUUUUUUUGUUUAUUUAUUUCAUAUUGGCUCGUAAACUUUUUAGCAACUCCGAGGGUUUAAAAGAAAAGAGAAAGAUAAAUAGAGUACUAAUUUAAGCUAAGGAAACCACUAGAAUUAAGAAUUUAUAUGUAUGUAUAAGAGCUAUACCAAUAUGUUUUGGGCCAUGGAAAUUAUUAUUAUGCAAACCAUGAAAAUCUACUAAGUCUUUUUGAGGAUUAGCCUGGGCUAACUGACGGGCAAACAAAGUUUUCAAAUACCAAGCUGGAUUUUGGCUCUUCACAUUAAUUGUAUUUAUAUGUAUAGAGUCAAUAUUUACCAUGUUUGGGGUAAAGAAAAUCAUAUCGUAGUUUUUUUUUGGUUUUGUUAUACGUUUCGGCGGCCGCCGUAGCCGAAUGGGUUGGUGCGUGACUACCAUUCGGAAUUCACAGAGAGAACGUAGGUUCAAAUCUCGGUGAAACACCGAAAUUAAAGAAAAAAAUUUUCGAAUAGCGGUCGCCCCUCGGCAGGCAAUGGCAAACCUCCGAGUGUAUUUCUGCCAUGAAAAAGCUCCUCAUAAAAAUAUCUGCCGUUCGGAGUCGGCUUAAAACUCCUCCCUCCAUUCGUGGAAUAACAUCAAGACGCACACCACAAAUAGGAGGAGGAAGCUCGGCCAAC